UGAGCUGCGGGUCUCUCUUCCACAGUGUUGUGGAGAGAAGUCGUACAGUGUGCUGGACCAGACAAAGCUGUGCUGCAGCGGAGUGCUUCAUGACCUGAUCGGAUGCAGUUUGGAGGGAGCGGAGUGCGUUGGGACCAGGAUUCACUGCCCACAAUCAGAAACUCAGUGCGGGUCGAUUCUGCACCCACAACGAGGCCUGCACUGCUGCGGAGAACAGACCUAUGACCCCGAUAAGGACCUAUGCUGUGCUGGACACCGAUGGCCAGGGAAAAGGGGAAUGGGGUGCUGUGGGGUCCAGCCCUAUGACCCUGGGGACCCCAAAACGAAGUGCUGCUCUGGCCACCUCCACAGCCUGCAGGCGGGGCACCAUGGCAAGGCGCAGUGCUGCGGGGUCCACCUGAUCGCCAACGUGUCCCUCCAGUGCUGCGCCUCGGCCCAGAAGCAGCUGCCGUACCCCAGGACGCCCGGCCUCUCCUGCUGCGGACACUUCCAGUACAACACUACCCAGCACUACUGCUGUGCGGGACACCUCCGCAGAGUCACCCCCGCCGUCCGGCACAGGGUCUGA